GCCAAAAAGCCAGUUCUGAUACAAUUUUAUAAAAAAAAAAACAAACGUCAACAAUAUUUAGAGGUUAGGCGUCGCAUCAUUUUGGUUUCCUAUUUGUUUUUCUUAGAUUAUGUAGUGUUUGUGAUAUAAAAUGAGUUCACCGACCAAAGAAACCGAAGAGCCGUCUUCGAGUUACGCAACAGCGGAAAAUGCCGCGGCCGACGUCGGCGACGCAAACACUACAGAGCCGCGGCCGCCCGCCAAGCGACAAAUUCCCAGUACGGUCAUUGAAAUAUCGGACACGGACAGCGACGACUCGGACGUGUGCGCCGUCAACAGUUACCAGGCCUCCGCGGACGAGGUCAAGAGGAUCCGCAGAGAUUAUUCCUCGACAUCGUCGUCAUCUGACUACAGUUCAGACUCCGAGUCUCCCUGGGAGGAUGACUCCAUAGUUAUAGAAGACAAAAUGCCUGGGAAGGCCGUGCGCGCGCAGCUCAAUCCCCGGGCUAAUAGGAUGGAUGAUCCAAAGCUUAAUUCUAAUUUAAAGUCACAAGAAGUAAUAGACAAAGUGAGACUACAUUGGCAAGAGGACAGAGACCUGGAGAGUGAGGCGGUGACGCUGACCUGCAAACCCUUCCGCCUGUGUCGUCUGCACGAGUUGCUGGAAAACUCGGAGAUCAUCAACAACAUAGUGGACGACAUGAACACCCUGGACUGGUCGCGGAAGAAGAUGGAUCUCUAUGAGUUCCACCAGACCACUGACCUGGCUAACCUGACGUGGCAGCGUAGUAUAAGAGGAAUUUAUGAAUUAUUAAAGACUGAAGUUAUGAGUUUGGUGUCGCGCGUGACGGGGCUGGAGCUGACCACGGUGUCGGCCUCGUGCUCGCUGUACGGGCCCGGCGACCACCUGCUGGUGCACGACGACCGGCUGGGCGACCGGCGCGUGGCCUUCAUCCUGUACCUGGCGCCGUGGACGCCGCGCGCGGGGCCGCCGCCGCCGCCGCCGCUGCACAACGGCGCCACGGACGCGCGCCCCGAGGACGACGUGCGCGAGACGUCGGGCGGCGGCUGGACGCCGGGCAUGGGCGGCGCGCUGGAGCUGUUCGCGUGCGACGCGCGCGGCGUGCCCGAGCGCGUCACGCUGCGCGCCUUCCCCGCCAACAACACGCUCGCCUUCUUCGCCGUCAGCCCCACCUCCUUCCACCAGGUGGGCGAGGUGCUGUCGCUGGAGCUGCCGCGGCUGUCCAUCAACGGCUGGUUCCACGGGCCCGCGGCGCCGCCCGAGCCGUUCGCCAGCGAGCCGCCCGCCUCGCUGCCGCCGCACACGCAAGUGGUGCUGCUGAACCAGUGGCUGCUGGGCACGUACCUCAGCCCGCGCGUGCGCGCGCAGGUGCAGGCGCAGAUGGAGCGCGCCAGCGAGGUGUGCCUCAGCGACGUGCUGCUGCCCGUCAAGUGCGCGCAGCUGCUGGAGGCGCUGCGGGACCCCGAGCUGCAGUGGGAGCUGUGCGGGCCGGCGCAGCAGCGGCGCCACGAGCGGCUGGCGGAGGCGUGGCUGGCGGCGGGCGCGGCGGCGCCGGAGGAGGAGCACCCCGCGCGCGGCCUGCUGCGCCUGCUGAGCAGCGCCGCGUUCGUGCGCCUGCUGACGGACUGCACGGACCUGCCGCUGGCCGGCUACCGGCGCCUGGAGCUGCAGCGCUGGCGCGCCGGCGACUUCACGCUGCUGCCGCCGCGCGAGCAGUUCGCCGCGCCGCGCCUGCAGGCCGUGCUGUACCUGGGCGUGCCGGAGCACCCGCUGUGCGGCGGCCAGACGCUGUUCGUGGCGCCCGAGGAGGCGGAGGCGGAGGCGGACGGCGCGCUGGUGACGCUGCCGCCGGUGCACAACGCGCUGAGCCUGGUGUACUGCGACGCGGGCGCCGCCGCCUUCACCAAGUACCUCAGCAAGAUGACCAUGAAGCCGCACCAGCACUUUUAUAUUGUGACUUGUACUUACACCGAGUGAACCAGUGCACCAGUGAACCAGUGACCAGUGCACCAGUGUACCAGUGAACCAGUGCACCAGUGAGCCAGUGCACCAGUACUCUCAGUGACCUUUCGCGACUUUCACUCCUCCACCUCGGGAUUUCGCCCGAAGAACCGACAAUAACUGUGCUAAGGUAACAACGGUUAUAUAACUGGUUAGUGACAGUUUUGAAUUCACAAUCACAUCUAUCCCUCUCUUUCUAAUACAAUACUACAGAUACGAAAGAGAGAGAUAGAGGUGAAUUCAAAAUUCGCACUGAGACAGCAUGUCAGCAUCUGCAUGGAGACUUGACAGGUAUAAUCAAUGAUAUUUUAUACUAGAGGCAAAUGUGAAAAAUUGACAUAAUUUUAUUUACUCGCUUAAUGUUCAACAAACACUAUUUAAACAAAUAAUACCUAAAUAUCAUCUACAAUGUUGAGUCGUGUGGGAGUUUAAAAGCUAUGCCUAUAAAUAUAUAAUGGAAUAAAAAGACAAAAUUGUGCACUCAGUGGUGUAGCUAAAUAGAAAUCGGAUCACUUUUUGCAUUGAUUUUGUAGGGACAUAACUUAUCUAUAGUAUAAAAUUAUCAUUGGGUAUAUGUGCAACUGCUGUCAGUCCCACAGCAGUUGACAGUAACUCCUCGUGUCCGUGCCGUGAGAGACUGUGACGAUGAUAAUGAAAUGUCCAGACUACGGAACAUAAGUUAGCGUUUUUAUUUUUCAAGUUAUCUAUGAAUUAUUUAUAUUGAAUAAAUUUAUAAUAAUUGGAGUUUCGGUCUGCAACACACUUUGCCUUGUAACAAGCCAUUAGCUCUACAAUAUUUAUGGUCAUCAUAAAGUAAAGUCAAUUUUACUUGUUACACCCAUUCUGACUUAUAAAACUUUUAUUAAAAUUGCUAUUGAGGCAAUGCAAACUCUGUUUUUUUUUAACAAAAACUAAAUUGACAUAAAGCUUUGUUACAUUGUAAGUAUGUAAGUAAUUAAUUGAUGCAUUAAAAUACACAUUUUGUUGUUUUCUUCACUCCUUCACAAAAUAUAUUUUUCUUUAGAAUGAAAAAGAUAUAUUAUGUGACUUUUAAGCUGAUUUAUAAUUUUAUUUAUCAAGAGAAUUUGAUUUUGAAUGAUUACCCACUACAGAAGAAAAACAAAAAGUUUUUAGUGUUUGAGUAAAUCUUGUAUUAGACAUUAAUUUAUCAUACAUUAUUGUAUAGUGCAAUACAAUAACAAAUUGUGUGAAUUAUUGCAUAACAAUAUUUUUAUACUGCGGUCGCAAACAUUUGAAAUGAUUAGGUAAAUAAUUAUAGCGUAAUUUCGUAUUAUGAGCACAUCCACAGAUAGCAUUGUUUGACUAUUUUCACUGUGAAGUUUGUUCACUUUGUCGCGAAUUUUCAUCAAGACUAAAGUUAGAGCUCAUUACAUCCAUUCAGCACGCGAUUAACGCCACCUCAUCGCCCGGCGUCCAUUUGUUGCCCACUGGUUAUCCGAGGCUUAUUGGCUCUUACUGUUUUUCCAUUUUUAAAAAGAGUUUGCCAUAUAUUUCUUUUAUUAUGACCAAUUGAAAUAUCACAUUCUAACCAUUUGCUGAAUAUUGAAGAACACAAAUUAACACAAAAAAACGUGAUCAAAAGUGAUAAUUUAACCGGCGUGCGUAAAAGUGGCGCCGUAACGAGCUACGUUACGAAGCGGCUCACACUUCCCUAAGAAGUUAUCACUUCAAAAAAUAUGACCACUCCAUACAAACAAUACCAACUGCUCGAGUCGUGGCAUCAGGCGGCGGUGGAUCCAAUGACCUGUGGCCUUUAGGUUCUGUUAACCAAACAUGGCGAUAUGUUUUUUAUAUUUAAUUGUCAAUACAUAUAAAUAAAAUUGACAUGUCUAUCUGUUUGUCUGUAAUCUCUGGAUCGGCUGAAUCGAUUUUAAUAAUAAACAUAAAUAAAUAUAGAGUCCAAGUAUAUAUUUAAUGUGUAUACUAUAUUGGACUCUAUCUUUAUGUGAUGCAUCGCUGGAUUGAACGUGAAUGGCGAUAUAUCUGGUAUAUUUUGGAAUUUGGGCUAUGAGUUAUAUUGAUUACUGCAACAGUUGAUUGUUGAUGUUAUUUAUUGCUGAAGCAUCUUAAACACUGAAUCUGUAAAUGUAUUUUAAUCCAAGCCGUCGACACAUUACAUUUGAUUGCACGAUAGUCAAUAGUAAUAUGUAGGUAUUCAAAAAUGACAAUGAGGAUGAUGACUAGGUUUGAAUAUAUUGAUUUUUAUGAUACAUUCGGGUAAAUAGGGUCAAUGUUAACUCAUUUAUAUAUGAAAAGCAAAGAUUGACUGUUUAUCUGCAAAAUAAAAAGGUUAUAAAAUUUCAAAAUUUACUAAAAAUAUUUUAUCGUAAUUAGAUGAAAAUUCAUACAGUUUUAGCUGCCUUACAUUAAAUGUGACAUUUUUUAAUAUAUAUGAACUAUAAACAUAAACGCAGAAAUAACAAAGAUAUUAGUAAUUCUGUUUAAACGCCCAUACAAAUCUAACGAUCAUGAAUUGCCUACGACGUCAUAAGUUCGUACCAUGCGAACGAAAUUCGAAAUUCGUAUGGGGCGUUUUUCAGAGAUCCGCGGCAGCGCCGCAAAUCUGACUCUUUAAAUCCCUGUAGCUCCGAAAGUAAUGAUCGCAGAUACCUUGUUACUUUUACAAAAUUGCUUUAUUAUUAGCGUACUCUUAAUUUAUAUACAAUUUAAAAUACUGUCAUCAUCCGUAUUUCUGACCUGACCGUUUUUGACUUUGCAAAAAGCAAAGUAACUGACAAAACACUUAUUGUGAGAAAAGUCAGUGUUAUCGGUAUUUAAGGCUGAUCUAUGAUCUGUACUUCUAUGUUGAUAUUAUACACAGGUAAAGUUGCUAGUGUUGCAGUGUAUAUAUAUACUGAAUCGAUUUUUAAAAUUCUUUUACCAUUAAAAAACCACGUUAUUUGUGAAUGUCAUGGGCUAUUAUCCCCGCAUUCUCAUGGAAACGGCAAUUAGUAAUUGAUAGAGUCAAUAAUUUGUGGGCUGUAAAGGCUAUGACGCUGAUAUACAGCUUAUAGUCAGUAAAUCGUUUUUAAAGGUGAAGACUGUAUUUUAUGACAUAGUUGUGUGCUGCGCGCACCAACUCUACCACGACCGACAUAAACCAUAGAACUAUCGGUGACAAGACAAUAGAAACGGCGUGUUCUCUCUAACUAUAGAAGUGUCACUCUAAUAUACUCGUGGAGUGUCGAGUAUGGAUAAUGUGUAAUAUACAUUUCUAUUUAAACAAAGGUUCUCUCCACAUGUUAUCCAACUUGUAACGCAAUGUAGUUGAACGUUCCAAUACAGGGAUUAGGUUUUUGUUCACUUUAAACAGUGACGAGGUUCAAGAUAUACACGCCAUUUCUAUUUCUAUUGCCUUAUAACUAAGAAUUGUAGGUUUCCUACUGAAUACCGCGAGGGGGCUCAAAAACUUUGUUACUUUGUCGUCAGCUUUAAGUUUACAUGAAGGUGUAGGUAUCUUGAAACUUGUAAGUCGUACCAAUGUUUGUAAGACUUAUAGAUAUAGGUACUGUGUUCGGAAAACUAUUUGACUUUGGUAAUACCUAGCUAGUAUGUCUGUCUACCUUUGGGUAGUAGUGCUAGUGACAGUAGACACAUGCGUUCGUGUGCAAGUAAAGGAGCGUUAGCAAAACAAAAUAUAAUCUGUUUGUAAUUGGUUUGAUUUGAUAACCGGUUUCGAUGUAACACGCCUGUGUCACCUUAUAAUCUAUCACUCAUACAUUGCACUAAGCCAUGUUUUUUUGUAAACGGGUUUCGAUAUUUCACACCUUACGUCUAUUAUUUUACCUAUGCGUUUCUGCUGACAUUCCUUUAGUAUACACCCAACCCAAACGUGUUUGUUCUGUCACCCUACAAAACCAAAUGGUCUUCCUGAAAUGGAGCAUAUACAAGAAGUCGCAAGUUAGCCCGCAGCGCUGCAGUCGCGACGGGUGGCGGGCCGCGGUCGCAGGUCGCUCGCGCGAGCGUCGCCGGCGGCAGCGGUCGUGCAAGCGACGCGCGACACUUUGUGUGUUUUGUGUUCACUAAUACAAUUUGCCAACCGGCGGAAUAUUACUAUGAUUUUGUACAUAUUAUGAAUUAUUAAUUAAAUUAUAAGAAAAAGU